ACACACCACCUCACACUGUGCACUGAAGAGAUCAUGAGUGUAUUGUAUGUCAGUUAUCAGGAAUAUAAUCUAUCAAAUAUUUAUGAAAAUCCAAAUAUGUAAACUAGUAAAUAUAUAAAUGUUUUAGGCAAGUGCUGCUGUUGUUCAAGACUUCAACAUUUUGGCUAAUAGCUAGUUUGCUCUCAUACUGGGAGUUAGUCGAGAAGAACAAUAUAAGCUUUAUGAAUGCAUUAUUAGUUCUUAAGAGUGUAUAAAUUCAGGCCAUACUGCUCAUAGGAGGAAUAACCAAAACAGAUAAAAACACACCUUCUGUUGUGGUAAAUCUUCCUAUGAGUAAUGCCGCUGAGGCGCUAAAAGUUGCUCUUCGCUGAGAUGGGUUCCAUACAAGAGUCCGGACUGUAGUUAGUGUUCAUGUCGUUUAAUAAAGGAACAAAACAAACCAUCAAAUCUUACUCCAGACCACACGUUCAACAGAAAGUGUCCAAGCAAAUUCACCCUCUCUCCUCUGUCCUCUGUCAUCCACAAAACCGGCAUCCAACACGUGACCUAAAUACCAAUAAACCACAUCCAUGUCACAAUUGCCGGAAGUGAUAACCAAUUGGAUUUAAACGUGAUGUAAACUGAAAUGAAGGUAAUUAUAGAAAUAAUAAGCUAUGGCAAGACAAGCAUUUUGGCUCCUUCACCUUCAAUUAACACCAAAGUUGUUUAUCACACGGGGAUCAUUCCUGUGUUCCUAAGUAUUAUAUCCCACAUAAAUAAAGCCACAGAUGUCAUCCCAGCUCUGUAUUCUACAUUAACAGAACAAAAUAGACACAAAGAUUUUGGACUGAUAUUAAUAACUCAUAUCCGAAAAACAAAAUGGGUGUUUGUAUGUGUGGCCAUUUUCUUGAAACAUAGAAUAGGGUUUAACAUAGGGCCCUGGGACAAAGAUGCCCUGACAACAUAAAACCUUUUGGAAAGUUAACUGACCCUUGUAUUAUGUAGUGUAUUUUGGGGUCACAUUAGAUUUUUUCACAUCCAUAACAAAAAUAUAAAUUGCCGGUCCUGGAAUUACGAAGUGGCAACCAGAAGCAUGGAGUCCAAGUCUUCAAUUGGAAGUGGAAAAACACACUAACUGAUGGUUUUUGAAGCUAUCUGUGUGAACAGAAGCACCUUCCCUCUGUUGUUACUGCUCACCUAGCAUUAGCAUGAGCACAGCUACCUGUUCUCUGAGUCAGUAUUAUUUUCUCACAUGUUCACUUGAACACUGUCUGGGUUUUGCAUGAGAAUAUAAGCUGAAACAUUGUUUGGUAUGUUUAUAGUGUACAUCUAGAGGAAGUUAAAUGUCACUGAACUUCCUCACUCCUUUUGAUAGAACAUAAAAUAUAUAUGACUGAAAGUAAUGUUAGCGCUACAUCGCGUUAGCUUACCCUUCAUAAAUCUCAGCAUAGUUUCCCUCUAUGGCUUCUUGUCUGUCAGUGGAUUGCAAUGAUAGGAAUUGAUUGAAUCUUAUUGAUCCAAUUCCAUUAUUGAUUCCUCUUAACGAUCCAAUCCUUUGUCGAUUCUGGAUAAGUAGUUGGUUGAAAAAUGAUUAAAUACUCUUUAUUAGCGCAAUGUCUUAGCAUGCUGUGUCCCUGUGCAUGAGUUACUUUUGGAGGAAUUGAUAGUCACAGAGGAAUGUGAUCUAAAGAAUCAGACUUCCCAUCUGUAGGGCAAUGAAGAUGAAUUGUCCAUUGUCCAAUUGUCCACCGUGGAUAAAAAGCACUUUCACUCGGUCUGUCACUUUAAGGGAUGCAUUUCAGACAAAUUGCUCAGUGCCCAGUGUCUUGCUCAGGCAGCUCCAGUGUGUGUGUGUGUGUGUGUGUGUGUGUGUGUGUGUGUGUGUGUGUGUGUGUGUGAUGGGGGGGUAUGAGCCGAGAAUAAAAGCGAGCUUCGUGGAGCCACAAGUGUCCAGUUAUUAGCAUGCUGGUCCAGUCACUGUGGCCCUCCUGCCUUUCUGCUUUCAGACUGUGGGCCUGCUGUUUGAGGUACUUUAACAAACAUGCACAUUUACUGCAGAAAAUCACGGGAAACGUCUGCAUUUAUAGGAUGGCAUAUUUGCCUGGUAAAAAUUUUAUGGAAAAGGGCAGCAACCUGUUAUAUGUUUGAAUCUCAGGUUUUUAAGGGUUUUCGUCAGAUUUGGCACAUUUCCUCACAUCUUUCCUAGCAUGGCCGUAUCCUGGAUACUCCUCUGGCUUGCUAACUGUCAAAGGAGACAAGUCUUUUUUGGAAACAAAAGAAGCACUUGAAAGUUCCACGUCCCUCAGUCCUCAGCAUUCCUGACCACAGCAGAAGGAUCCUCUAACAACAACAGCAGAGAAGGCUCCCCAAGAUCACAAAGAGCCACAGCCUUCCUCCGAGAUGCUCAACCUCAACUCAUCGGAUGAAAACAGCAACACGAACUCUCUGCAGGACCCUGUGUCACUGAACGUAGGGGGAGAGAUUUACACCACAACCCUGGACACUCUGACACGCUGUCGGGACUCCAUGCUAGGGGCCAUGUUCACUGGGCAGAUCCCGGCGCUGAGAGACAGCAGGGGAAAUGUUUUCAUCGACCGCGACGGUAAAGUCUUCCGGUACAUUCUGAAUUACCUGCGCUCCAGCUCCCUGGACCUGCCCGAUGGCUUCUCAGAACUGGCCCUGCUGCGGAGGGAGGUGGACUUCUUCCAGAUACGCCCCCUGCUGGAGGAGCUCUACCGCUACGAGGCAGCAGUGCCUCUCAGCCUCAAAGGAGGGCCCCUAGGAGCCAUGAUCAUGGUGAAUGUGGAGUCCAAGGUCCGCAUUCUUCACUUUAACUUACGCCACGGGCCGGAGAACUACGAGCUGCGCACAUGCUUAGUGGGAGCCUUCACAGUGGACCUCUUCUGUACCUGGAGAGCCUUCAUGGCCCUCCUUUGUGAGCACUUCUCCUACAAAACAUCCAAAGGUCUCACAAGCCCCCAUCCAUGCAACCCGAGGCAGAACCGGCUGAAACUGGAGUGGGUGCCGAGGCCAGAGGAACUCCCGCAGGAACAGUACGACAAGCAGCGCUACCAGGGGCUGACUGUGUGUAACGCCGAGGUCACGCAGUCAGAUGAUAUCAUGAACGCGCACCGUGAGAUCACAGACAUGCAGGGCUUUGUGGAGGAGCUGCUGAAGGUGUCUUUGGCUGAAGGCUUCAAGGUGGAUAUGGUGAUGCCUGACCCUGUGGAGAUCCUCAACUGCACCUCACUUCGUCUUAUCAAAUGCUAAGAUCCGGGCCAAGAACAUGAAGUAAAAAACACCAGGACAUGCCAUGUGGAUGAACUAUGGUUUUUCUCUCUAGUCGCAACUGAACCAGUUAAUCCAGUAGGUUAGGGUUGAGGUUAACCUUUAAUAUGAGGUGUUUGAAAUAAUACUGACAUUUUUUCUAUCCGUCUCUGUGUCUGUAACAAUGUAAUAGUGUUAAGCACAAAAUAAGUUGUGUUAAAUCUGGCUUAGGGCUUUCUUCUACUCCCAACACAACCCUGUAGAUCCACCUAUGAAUUAUAAAAUGUUUGUUCUAUGUACUACAAUAUGAUCUAUGCUGAGUUCUGUUGCAUGUUGACCAUGUCUAAGAGCAAUGAAGCACAGUAUAAUAAAAAUCUCAUGUUGGGAAAUCUGCUUGUUCCCUGUUUUUGUAGAGAAUUGGAAGCGUUUGAUGAGAGGGGUGAUAACACUUUUGUGUCUCUGUGUGUUUUUCUUGAGGCCUAACAAAUGUCUAAUGGGCUUAUUGUACCUCCUGAACCAUUUGGAAGCAGACAUGGUGUCAUUUGCUUGAAGUAUUGCUCUCCGAACACAAUGACCUUCUGGAACCUCAUCCCCAUCACUGUGAACAGAUGAUUACCAACAUAUCUGAAGUCUGUUUCCAGUCUUUAUGCAAAAAGAAAAUUAUUUUUCUCCACUUAUUACUAAGAACACAGUGUCAUCUGACUUAAUAAGCAAAUAAGUGUGUUUUCUAAAAAGUUUGGCCUUGUGUCCACACAUAUUUUCUCUGAAGCCAUAGCCCCGAUGCGUAGUUACCCUUUUGAGGUGGUGUGGUACGCAUAGUUGCCACGGUAUGCUCUAAAUCCUUUUACCACUACAGAUCCUACACCUUAAAUAUGAAUAAAGUUUUAUUUUGUCUCUCAUUUAGUUUUUAUCUUACUGACAUAGUUUGGAUUUUGAAUGUAAAGUUAUUGCUAGCCCUUUUCCAUAGUUGACAUGAACGGAAAAAAUGUAAUUAAACUUUUUUGGUAAAUGUUUUGCCACGGUUAAAAUAAAAACCUGUACUUUCAUGGUGGGAGGGCUUGGAAUGACAUUGUCAGAUGAUUAAUGGACAUAUUGUGUUACUGUACCUGCUGCAUCUCUGCCAUAGAAUGUAUAAAAUAGGUGUCAACUUAAGGGAAAUGUGU